AUGACGCCGAGUCUCUUAAAAAUUCACACGAAUUGUCUCUCUCUGCUAGAAACGGGGGGCGUUAAGGGUGUCGAUGAGGUUGGUGAAAGAUAUUUGCUGACAGAAUCCACACGAGCAAAAGCCCAAGCUUACUCAUUUGAACAUAUUGACCAAGAUUAA